CAUCUCAAACCCCACACAUUCCCCACAAUCCGCUCGCCAUGGCGACCACCGCCUCCUCCUCCUCCUCCCUCUCCUUCCUCUCGCCGCAACCCAUCCACCCCCGCCGCGUCCGCCUCCCCAAUCCCCCGCCCUCCACCGCCGCGCCGCCCACUCCGACGGCCGUACGCUGCACGCCCGCGCCCGCGGCGGCGCCGUCGGCGGCGUCUGCGGCGUCCGCGAGGUCAAUCCCGCCGCCGAAGCUGGUGCGGUGCCCGGCGCUGGACCGCCAGGCGGCGCGCGCCAACCGCCUCCGCUUCGCCCGCAAGCUCCUCGUCCUGCUCCUCUCCAAGCCGCGCCGCUUCCUCCCGCUCCGCGUGCUCCGCCGCUGCCACCGCUACCUCGGCCUCCCGCCGCACCGCCGCCGCCGCCCGCUGGUCCCGUUCGUGCUCCGGUACCCGGCGCUGUUCCGCCUCUUCCAGGCGCCCACGUCGCACCCGCUCUCGCCCAACCUCUCCACCCUCGCCGUCGCGCUCACCCCCGCCGCGGAGGCGCUCGCCGCCGACCUCGCCGCGCUCCGUGGCUCCUCCGAGCUCGCGCCACGCCUCGCCGCCAAGAUGCACCGCCUCCUCCUUCUGGCACCCGGGCGGAGCCUCCUCGUGUCCAAGAUUGCUCACCUCGCACCCGAUCUCGGCCUCGCCAUGGACUUCCGCGCCACGCUCUGCCCGCAGCACCCCGACCUCUUCACCUUCGUGAACACCUCCCACGGCCACGCACUCCAGCUAGUCGAUCCCCCGCCGCCACCGCCUCCGCCGCUCCCGCCUUUCCGCCCCGCGGCGCCAUCCGACCGCCUCAUUGACCGGCCACGAAGGUUCCCCCACCUCAAGCUCCGGCGAGGGCUCAACCUCCGCCGCGCGCACCGGGAUUACCUCUUGCGGUUCCAUAGCCUGCCCGAGGUGUCGCCAUUCGAGCCACUCGAUGAGGGCGCAAGCUUGGAGAUGAUGGAGCGACGGGCGUGCGCGGUUGUCCGGGAGGUCCUGGCCAUGACUGUGGAGAAGAGAACACUGGUGGAUCAUCUCACACAUUUCAGGCGUGAUUUCGGGCUACCGAACCGGCUGCGCGCAAUGCUAGUUCGGCACCCAGAGUUGUUCUAUGUUAGUGUCAAGGGGUUGCGGCACUCGGUGUUCCUUGUCGAGGCGUUCGACGAUGACGGUAGGCUACUUGUGGAGGAUGAUAUGCUUGUUGCGAGGGAUCGGCUUGAGGAGCUUGUCCGCGAGGGGAAGCGGAUGAGGCGGGCUAAGAAGAAGGGCCUUCUUGCUCUUGCGGAUGACAGUGAUGAAGAUGAUGAAGAGGAGGAUGGGGAAGAACAGGAUUCGGUACAGGUCGAUGGUGAAUCUUGGGACUUGUUAGAGGAUGGUGGCAUUGGCGAGGACUGGGAGGAGGUGGGUGAUCUUGGUGAGGGGAGCGAUGACGAUGCUGAUGCUGAAUUGGAUGCGUUGGAGGAGUUUUGGGUGAAGAAAGCUGUGGCCGAGGGGUUGGUUGACACUGGGAGCGAGCUUGAUGCUUGGUGAAGCGGACAAUGGCAAUCUGAUGAUCUGGUUUAUGAGCAUUCAGCCCUGCACGUUUCUGAAGAUUUUGCUGACUAAGAAUUGCUCAAGUGCAUUCUUCCUAGCGAUGUACAGAAGCUAGAAACCAUUAGCACAUAACCUUUUCUUAUCUGCUGUAAUUCUCUCUCUUACAAAAUAAAGAAUUUCUGUUCAUCGAGAUCGUGCUGGAUCAGGCUCAAACCAGGGAUUUCUACGUUUUCUAUAAUCACCAAGUUCAUCCGCUCUUAAAUUUCUGUAAGUUCGUAGUUUUAGGAGUGGUGCUAUACACUUGCACAACACAGUAGGUCGUCCAUUUUUCUGCUCGAAAUGAAGGGUUGGUUUUCUGCAGUUCAUCCAGUGGCAUUCCUGUUUCGUGUCAGGUUGUUCACUCACUUGCCGGGGCUUAUGUUCUUAAACUAGUUGAUACCCCGCAUAUUGCAGCGGGUAUUGCUAAAAUAACUUUGUAUAUAUGCAAGGCAGAAAAUUGUGUGCUUCAAUAAAAUAAUUUGGUAUCGGUUUCAGGUGAGCAAAGACAACAAAAUAUGAGCUACAGAAGGUCAGAGAAUGUUUUGUAAUAUAACAUAUGUGAUUACUGCAGCUAUAUUUCGUCCAACAGUAUGCAUUACUGCACACACUCAAUUCUCAUCAAAUAUGUAGCUAUUGGAAGCACAUGCUUAUGUUUUUCCAAAUAUUCACAGAUGGAUCAUACGGUUACCAUUAAAUCAGCGAAAAAGAACCAUAUCCUUCUCAUGGUGCUAUCUGCAAGGGAGUAACUUUAGUAGCUAGUUUUCUUUUCAUGCGGAAUCCAUGCUGUAAGUUGUGAAUAAUAGCGGGAAAAUAAAAUUACCAUGCUAAACCUGACACUUAAAUCUGAACUGCUGUUGUAAACAAUAGUUGUGGUCAUUUUUUUUUAUUUGCCUAGCAAAGAUGUAAUGAUAUAAACAAAGCACGGUCAAAUGUAGUAUUUUAUCCAAA